CUCUUUCCUUUUUUUUUUUUCCCCCAUAGCAAAUUUCUUAUUUAUGCCUGUCUGCUGCUCUUCUCAAUUCUGCUGUCUCUCCGGCUGGAUGACAAGAUCGAAUGGAGCUACUGGGCCGUGUUUGCUCCAAUAUGGCUGUGGAAGUUAAUGGUUAUAGUGGGUGCCUCCGUGGGGACUGGAGUAUGGGCCCGGAACCCACAAUAUCGAGCAGAAGGAGAAACGUGUGUGGAGUUCAAAGCCAUGUUAAUUGCCGUCGGCAUCCACCUCCUCCUGCUGAUGUUUGAAGUUCUGGUUUGUGACGGAAUCGAGCGAGGGACCCGUUUCUGGCUGCUGGUUUUCAUGCCCCUCUUCUUCGUGUCUCCGGUGUCGGUGGCUGCUUGUGUGUGGGGCUUCCGGCAUGACCGAUCUCUGGAGCUGGAAAUCCUGUGUUCUGUCAAUAUACUCCAGUUCAUAUUUAUUGCCCUCCGAUUGGACGAAAUCAUCAAGUGGCCGUGGCUUGUUGUUUGUGUCCCUCUAUGGAUCCUGAUGUCCUUUCUCUGUUUGGUUGUGCUGUAUUAUAUCGUCUGGUGUCUUUUCUUACGCUCGAUGGACGUGAUUGCCGAACAGAGAAGAACGCAUAUUACGAUGGCCGUCAGUUGGAUGACCAUCGUGGUUCCGUUGCUCACCUUUGAAAUCCUGCUGGUGCACAGGCUGGAUGGGCAUAACUCCUUCUCCUACAUCCCCGUGUUCGUUCCGCUGUGGCUUUCGCUGAUAACUUUGAUGGCAACCACCUUUGGCCAGAAAGGGGGCAACCAUUGGUGGUUCGGCAUUCGCAAAGACUUCUGCCAGUUCCUGCUCGAGAUCUUCCCGUUCCUGAGAGAGUACGGCAACAUCUCCUACGACCUGCAUCACGAAGAUAACGAGGAAACGGAAGAAACGCCGGUUCCGGAAGCGCCCAAAAUCGCUCUGUUUCGCAAGAAAGCCGGGGUGGUCAUUACACAGAGCCCCGGAAAGUACGUCAUCCCGCCGCCCAAACUGAAUAUCGACAUGCCGGAUUAUUAAAAAAUGGAUUUUGUUUUUUGCAAAGGACGAAUGUCUCCCCGUGAUAUCACCACCGGGUAUCCUCAUCCGACCCUUCUUAUUAUUAUUAUUAUUUUAAUUCAUGCCUUCGUUUUAGUGUGUGGAUGGCUAGGGAUUGGGGCCCCUGUGGAUUUGCAUUUAUGACGUUCCCUUAACAUUUGUCCAUCUUGGGGUGUCAAAAUAUCACCCCAGUAAAAAGCAGGAAGAGUUCAGUAACUCUGUCCGGGUUCAGCAGCGGGAACGGUUAAGUCUCUGUUCACAGAACGGCAAGCCUUAGAUUUGAGUUCGGUUCUCAGCAUCAAAGUCAUAGUUUGCCACUGCUAAUACAGCUUCACAGUCCCUAACCCCUCCCUCCCCCCCUCCCGAUUUUCCCGUCCACGGUCCCCCCUGGACAAAGGCCCACGAAGGGCUUUGCGCUCACACUAUCCUACGGUGGAUGGGUGUUGUGUUUUGGAGAAACCAAAAAAAGGAGGUUUCUGACGUACGAACCUUCCUCCUUGGUGGAAGUCCUGUUUUCCUGUACAUAGUAUUUAUAUGAACUUUUGGCAAUGUAAUAUAUUGGGAGGGGGGGGAAAAAAGACACGAGUCUGUACAUUAUAAAUAUGUAUGUUAAAGGAUUUUUUAAAAGGAUGUAUGAAAUGCGUAAUCUCUGGUGCGCCCCCCCCCCCUCGCGUGUUCCUCUCGGCUUCUAUUUCGGUUCGAAGUACCUUAGCCGAAGCUGUUUGCACAUUUCGAAUUGUUGUCCCCGUUUCCCCCCCCCCUCGAACCCUGAACCUUGCUACUUAUUCAGUCUUUCGCCUAGGACUGUUGACACUUCUCAUUCUGGAUUAAAUUGGCUUGGAAGAGGUAUGUAAAUGUUCUCCUGUAAAUAGCCUCAAAUCUUUGUACCAUCUGCGGCGGAGAGGCUGCCAGCUCUUCAGAAAAUUCCCACUUUUGUUAACGCUACACAUUUGGGCAAAGAUUGGUUUCUCACAGACUUGCUUUUUGGCCUGUUCAAUAAAGCAUCCCCAAGUUGUUGGGUU